CACACGCACACACGCACACGCACACACGCGCGUCUGCGGGGUUAAAUAAGGUCCUCUUGUGCUGCUUCAGAGCCGGAACACCGAGGGCCGAUCCGUGAGGAAUUCUGUCUGUCCUAUAAAUAUCUGAGUGUGUGUGUAGGGUGUGUCUCCGUCUGUCAGCCGGUCCAGCCGCGUGUUUCUGUGCCGAACGGCCGUGUUUUCCUGUUUCGAGCGGCGAAGGUGCCACCAGACCUCCGUCAUUCCAGCGCUGAAGUGUUGAUGUUGGCUGUCAGCGCGCGCUCCUGAUGGCUCUGAUUAAACGUGGGAGCUCUUAAAUUCCCGGCCGGAUCAUUUGUAUUCUGCGGUCGUGUGUGGAGUUAAAGAUUUUCUCUUUGAUAUGAAUAAGCUUCUGUUCCAGGCCGAGUAUCCGUGGCGGCUCCGGGAAGAUUAUUUACGAGCCGAGAGUUUUAACGAGACCCGUUUUCCAGCGCUGGAGUGGGCCGUUCGCUCGGACGCUUUUAGCACGGCCCAGUUUCUGUAAGCCGAUCCGCUGCACGAGGGUUUCUCUGCGCUCUCUAGAACAUUCCCGUGUCAUGUGGAGUUUUCCAGCCCGUGUAGAAGAGCGACGGCCGACACGCACGUGAUGCUGUGAGCUGCUGCACCAUAAUACACCUUCAUCAUCUUAAUCAUCAUCAUCAUGAAGUCUGGAGUGAAGCACUCAUUGAUGGAUCCCAUGGCCGUGAGCACGUCUGCGACCGGUCAGGAUGAGUUUGACCGCAACGCGCCGCGGAUCUGUGGAGUGUGUGGAGACAAGGCCACCGGAUUCCACUUCAACGCCAUGACCUGCGAGGGCUGCAAAGGCUUCUUCAGGCGCAGUAUGAAGCGCAAGGCGAGCUUUACCUGCCCGUUCAACGGAAACUGCACCAUCACCAAAGACAACCGGCGUCACUGCCAGGCCUGUCGCCUGAAGCGCUGCGUCGACAUCGGCAUGAUGAAGGAAUUCAUUCUGACGGAUGAGGAGGUGCAGAGGAAGAAGGAUCUGAUCCUGAAGAGGAAGGAGGAGGAGGCGGCGCGGGAGGCGCGGAAACCUCGUCUGAGUGACGAGCAGAUGCAGAUCAUCAACACACUGGUGGAGGCGCAUCACAAGACCUACGACGACUCCUACUCUGAUUUCGUCCGAUUCAGGCCUCCGGUCCGCGAGGGUCCCGUCACCCGCAGCGCCAGUCGAGCCGCGUCUCUUCACUCUCUGUCUGAUGCCUCAUCAGAUUCAUUCAACCAUUCACCAGAGUCUGUGGACACGAAGCUGAACUUCAGUAAUCUGCUGAUGAUGUAUCAGGACAGCAGCGGCAGUCCAGACUCCAGCGAGGAGGACAACUCGCGUCUGUCCAUGUUGCCGCACCUCGCCGAUCUCGUCAGCUACAGCAUCCAGAAAGUCAUCGGAUUCGCCAAAAUGAUCCCUGGAUUCAGGGACCUGACGGCAGAAGAUCAGAUCGCUCUGCUCAAGUCCAGCGCCAUUGAGAUCAUCAUGUUGAGGUCGAAUCAGUCGUUCAGUCUGGAGGACAUGAGCUGGAGCUGUGGAGGACCAGAUUUCAAAUACUGCGUCAAUGAUGUCACCAAGGCGGGUCACACUCUGGCGCUGCUGGAGCCGCUGGUCAAGUUUCAAGUGGGUCUGAAGAAACUGAACAUGCAUGAAGAGGAACAUGUGCUGCUGAUGGCCAUCUGCCUGCUGUCACCAGAUCGUCCAGGCGUUCAGGACCACGGGCGGAUCGAAGCCCUGCAGGACCGUCUGUGCGACGUCCUGCAGGCGUACAUCCGGAUCCAUCACCCCGGCGGGCGUCUCCUGUACGCCAAGAUGAUCCAGAAACUGGCCGACCUGCGCAGCCUGAACGAGGAGCACUCCAAGCAGUACCGCUCGCUGUCCUUCCAGCCCGAGCACAGCAUGCAGCUCACGCCGCUGGUGCUGGAGGUGUUCGGCAGCGAGGUGUCCUAGCAUCCGAGAGCCCCCCGGAACGCUCCGGAGCCCCGGAAACGUCCUGCUCCUCCUGAGACGGCCGCGAGCGGGAGCUCAUCGCUUCUACACUGAGAGCGUCACAGUUCACGAUACGGGGGGCUGUAGAGAGAGAUAUAUGUGUGUGUGUGUGUGUGUGUGAGUGUGAGGGUGGUGCACAGGUCUGGAUAAUGUUGCGGAAUUCCCGCUUUUAAGCUAGAGGUAAUUCCGAACGGAAUGUAUUAAUAAUGUAUGAAUAGAACGAUGCAUAUACACUAAUAUUUAUAUUUAAGAGAGAGAUGGAUUGUAUUAAAUGAAAACGUAUGGCCAGGUGAUCCUCUGUUGUAAUAGGAUUAGCAGGCUCUCCUAGUUCAUGUGCAUAGAUGAGUGUGUUUGUGUGUUUGUGUGACGUACACAAAAUUAGAUUCAAAUUCACAAUGGCUCUGUUCCAAAACCUAGUGAGCGCCCUACGUAGAUGGCAUUUCAAGACGUAGGUGCGGUCCCAAAUCUAAAGCGGCGUCACCAGUGUUGGGGGUAAUGCGUUACAAGUAACGUAAUCGGAUUACUUUUUUUCAAGUAACUAGUAAAGUAACACAUUACUUUUAUAAAUUUACUACAAAAUAUCUAAGUUACUUUUUCAAAUAAGUAGUGCAAGUUACUUUUUAUUGACUGACGGCUCUCCUGACUCCAUGUUGAGAGAAUCGUGAGUGCAGGAGUGUGUGAACAUGACGGUUAUUGUAGUUUUAGACCUAAUGUGAGCAUCUCACUUGCACAAAAACAGAUUCAGUAUUCCUCAAAAUAAAUAAAAACCGUGAAAUGCAAACUUAGAAUAUUGCACAAACCUGCAAUAAUUAAACAUAUUAAAUUAAACAAAUAUACUUUAUGUAUUUAAUCUCACUUUAUUAACCAAUGUCUUUGCUGCUGACCUUUCGAUAAUCCAAUUCUACUAUACUAUGCAAAACCGACUUUAGAUAAACAUUUGUUUUGAAGCACAGCUGAAAGGUUUGAGCUGCGCCCUCUACUGUUCAGGCAUGAAUUUGCAUUUCCUUCAGCCUGAGGCUUAAUCAGUUGAAUUUUGGUGUGAAAGGCCAAAAAUAAAACUUUUUUUGUUGUUAUUUAAAAAACAAACAAGCAAUCCCAGCCCAAGUGAGAAAAAGUAAUGCAAAAAGUAAUGUAAUGCAUUACUUUUCAUAAAAAAUAACUAAGUGAUGCAAUUAGUUCGCUUUUUAGGGAGUAACUCAAUAUUGUAAUGCAUUACUUUUAAAAGUAACUUUCCCCAACACUGAUUUUAACGCGUUAUUUUUUUUUUUCCCCCAUAAUGAAUCGCACAAAAUUAACACCUUUAAUCGAUAGCCCUAAUAAAACACAUUUUCAUGUUGUUUUUUUAUAUAUAUUUUAUUUUAUUAUUUUUAAAAUAACUAAAAAUUGAAGAAGAAAAAAAAACAGUUGGGAGUAACCCAAUACUGUAAUGCAUUACUUUUAAAACUAACUUUCCCCAACACUGAGCAUCACACGUAUGCUUCUCGCCAAAUGCAAUCCCAUAAUGCAGUGCAACAUGCUAAAUGGUGGGAAAAACCAACCUAGACCGCGAUUUGAAUGUUUCAAUCACCAGCAUUGUUGUAUUUCUAACUCAACAUCAUGAAAGAAGAUUUUCAUAAACUAAAACAUAUACUAAAACAAACUGAGAAAAAGCAAAUGAAAGUGUAUUUACUAAUUAAAAAUAACUUUAAAUAAAACUGUUAUUAUCAUGACUGUUAGUUUUUCAACGUUUUCUGACUCUAAAGCCUCAAAGUAGUUAUAAGGCCAUAUAAGCUAUUUCUAGAAAUAACAUGCAAGAGAAUUUUUGAUUAUAAUAAAUAUACUUUGAUUAGCAACAUACCAGUGUCCAAUCCUGUUUAAAUACAUUGCAAGUCAGGUCAAACGCUAUUCAAAUGAGAUACUGCCUAGGUAGUGAGUCACUUUUCAGAGUUCACUAGGUUUUGGGACAGUGGCCACUUUGACUCGCAAUUGUGAGCAGAUUUAUUGGCCGAAAUAUUGCAAAAGUAUCAGCCAAUUGGCCUGGCUGACAGAUCUGUCAGUAGUAUUCAUGAUAAAUUGCAAACAUACUACUUCACAAACACACACUCUCACACACUUUAAAAUGCGAGAGGGGGCCUGACCUGUUGGUCUGAUGUCUGUAUAGAUAGGAACUUAGAUGACCACAAGAGAGCCGAAACGCAGGAACCGGCCCCAGAGAUCGGCCCGAAUGCUGCUCUACGUUAUUUAUCAUUCAUAACAAGGCCAUCCGGCUGCUUCAACCUCAUAUUCUCUAAAUCUCUACAGUGAUUUAGUCUAAGGCCUUACUUUACCCUGCUAUCAGAUCUUGACAUAAAACUCGAUGUAUUAUAUGCGUUUACUAAAGUGCUGGAUUUUGCCGAGCUGUUAAUAUGCCAAUAUCAUGUUGUUUUGAUUAAUGUUGGUUUUUUUAUGUCGUCAUCAAUUUUUGGGUCUCAUUCAUGAAACCCAAGCAGAAUUGUCUGUCAAACCAUUUUUAGGUAAACUGUCCUAUCGAUGUUUUUUGUAGAAUAACCAAGUUUUACUUACUCAAAUGGUUUGUAAAAUCAUGCUUUAUGAUCAUUUGAGGGAAAUAGGCUUGGUCUAUAUAAGUUGUUUCACAAAUGCACCAAUUUACAUAGAAUUUCCCCUAAUUGUUUUAACUCGAUGCAUCGAAUUCCUCUAGAACGUUCAUAAUAAUGUUGCAUGAAAGAUUUAUGCCAGUUCUGCUUGUUUUAUAAAUGCGUCCCAUUCCAUGCGGUUCUGCGCUGCUCUCUUGUGGUCAUGAGCUGUAAAUACCACUCAUAGUGUUUCUGUACAUAUGUCUAAUGAAAAAGGAUAGGCUAAUACAGUUAAUCAGCAGAAAAGAAGCUUGGGAGAAAUAUGCAAAUCUGAUAUUUUCUUAUGUUUUGGUGUUUUUCUCUCUCAGAUGACAUAAUAAGCUUUUACAACCGUAUCUAUUCCUGAUGCUUUUAGGUGCGAAUUCCACAUUGAAUUUUAUUGUUAUAUUGAUUAUCAUGGCUUAGUUUUGUACGGAUUUUAAGACAUCAAACUGGACUCUGUUAUAUUUUUAUUUCUGCAAAUCAACGAGACAUCUCAAGCAGACUGUGUUCUGAUCUCAGACGACUCAAAACUGGUGCUUUAUUUUUGUUUUUGCUACAACCGCUGCCUCAAACCAGCCAACCUGACAUACACACACGUAACAGUCCGUUCAAAGGACUCGUCGAAGCUUUAACAUUACUGCGGGUGAAACGGGAAGAGGAGCUCGUCCAGGCGUUGGCUGCUAACGAAAGAGACUACGUCUGCUUUAUCUCAGCUGUAAACGAAAGACUUCUGAAGAGCUGGACGGUUCCUCGAGAGUAGGAGCAUCUGGAGGAACGAUGGCGAAACCGCCUUUUGGACGACAGACCGAAUUGCAGAUACACGUGUAUAUACCAGUUAUGAUAAGCUUUGGUUGGAUUAUACUAGUUUUAUUAGCCAAUGAUAGAGGGUUUUUGCAACCGCGAAUGCUCCUUUUCACCCCCGGAUCCAGACCGUCUCUGCCUCCAUAGCCUUUUUGCGAAACUCAAACGCAACUGGAUCACUUGCAUCCAAUCAACAAGGGAAAUAAGUCGUCUCUGUCCCGCUCUGGAUUUAGCAGGAGGCUUUGCCUUCAUCACCUCAACCAUGCUAAAAUAGAGAGGACCUCCAGCCACAAGAGUCCUGCCAGUUUUGGGUUUGCUUCAUUGGGUGUCAACGUAUGGACGUCUGAAUGGGGUAAAAUUGGGGUUUCUGUCACCCCGGUGUCCCUUCAUCAGUAUUUUCAUGAGGGGGAAGUUGUUGUGGAUGAGUAGGAGACCAUCUUCUGGACUGUCUAUGCACUUUGGAUCAGUUAAAGUCAGUCUCGGAGAUCCUGCGGAGGUUGUACCUUCUCUGUUGGAUGUUCUUGGCUGAAUUGAAGGCAACUGACCAACCUACAGCUCUAGUUGUUGGUAAAGCUCUUGGUUGGUCUCGUGCCACGCAGCUAGACUGAAGAAACCCAUGAAUCCCGUCAUCCCUGAGAAAUCCUGGAGCUCUUACAGUGGGUUUCUUGAGUCUAGCUGAAGGAAAACGUGUACGUACGUCGAAGCGGGUGAACGAAUCGUUGAUUGCUGAUUGUUUAAGGAAAACACAAACCACCAGGUGCCGUUGUUAACCAAAAUGAACUACCUCUCUCAUUCAUUCACACCAUUUCAAUGUUUGUUUGUUUUUCUUUUUUAAGAAACACUAAAUCCUUUACUUAUUUAUUCCUCUCUGUCUCAAAUGCUGGACUGUUUACCUCAAGACGUCUCCAUAAGCCUGUAGCUUAAACGUUGCUUUACUGCCUGUAAUUGCGUCCGUCAUUCGUACCUACGACAUCCCGACUCGUAAAUACGAACUUCCCAGUACGACCUGAACGCACCACC